GAGGCUCUGGUGACUUGAAGGAGGAAAGCUGGAGAAGGGAGAACCUGGACCUACUGGAGCAAAGGGAGCACCAGGUGCUGCUGCAGCCAAAGGAGGCCCAGGAGAUCAAGGAGCCCAAGGAGAUCAAGGACCUGCCGGAGCUGAUGCUGCAGAUGGUGAAGAUGGAGGACCAGGAGCCAAAGGACCCGGCGGAUCAAAAGGUGAUCCUGGACCUCAGGGAUCAGUAGGAGAGCCAGGAAGCCAAGGACCACAAGGAGCUGAAGGAGAGAAAGGACCUGAUGGAGAGGAUGGUGCUGACGGUGCUGAUGGUUCCAAAGGCGAACAAGGACCUCAGGGAGAAGCUACCACUGGAGCCGCUGGAGAACCUGGAGAUAAGGGACCCAAAGGCGAGGUAGGAGCAGUAGGAGAGCCCGGACCAGAUGGUGUUACCCCCGACUCUGCCCCACCUGGUGAACCUGGUGUCAGCGAGAGUGGAGAGGACGGUGCUAAGGGACAACCUGGAGACAAAGGUGAUCUAGGAGCCCAAGGACCACAGGGAGCUGAAGGAGCAGCAGGAGAGAAAGGACCUGAUGGAGAGGAUGGUGCUGACGGUGCUGAUGGUAUUGAUGUGCUAGAAGCUGGACCACAAGGUCCACAAGGUGAGCAAGGAGCAAAGGGUGAGCCCGGUAGCGACGGUCUUGACGGAGCCGAUGGAGUUGAUGGAGUUGAUGGAGGAGAAGGACUUCCAGGUGAUGUUGGCCCCCAAGGCGAGAAGGGAGAACAAGGUCCUCAAGGAGAAGAAGGUCCUAAGGGUCCUGAAGGUGAGCCAGGACUUGCUGGAGAGCCUGGAGAAGAUGGUGCUAACGGUGCUGAUGGUAACCCCGGUGCUGAUGGUGAGAAUGGCGAGGAUGGUGAGAAUGGUGCUGAUGGAGCAAUUGGUGAAGCUGGAGCUGAUGGAGCACCUGGCAACAACGGAGCUAAGGGUGAACGUGGAGAGUUCGGUCAUGAUGGUGAACGAGGAAUGGAUGGAGCACCGGGAGAACCCGGAGCUGAGGGACCCGCUGGAGCCGCCGGCAGCGACGGUAGUGAUGGUGAACCAGGAGAUCAAGGAGAUCAGGGAGAACAAGGAGCCGAUGGUGAUGACGGUGACCAAGGUGCCCCCGGUGAAGACGGAGUUAACGGUCUGGACGGAAAUCCUGGUGAUAAUGGUGCUGAUGGAGCUCCUGGUGCACAGGGUGCAGUUGGAGAGCCUGGUGCAGAGGGUGCUGAGGGUCCCAAGGGUGAGGAUGGUCUCGAUGGCAAUAAUGGAACUGACGGAUUGGACGGUCUACCUGGAUUACCUGGUGAUCAAGGACCCCCCGGAAUCCCCGGCGAUUACGGUUCCCCUGGAGCACCUGGUGAACAAGGAGCUUACGGAGAUGCUGGUGUCGACGGUCUUGAUGGUGCUGAUGGAGCUAAUGGAAAUCCAGGAGCUGACGGAAACCCCGGAGGCGCUGGAGAAGCUGGGGAACCAGGAGUGAAGGGACCUCAGGGAGCUGCUGGAGCCAAUGGAGAACCUGGACAUGACGGUAUUGAUGGAGAUGAUGGUCUCGAGGGAGAAACUGGUGAAUUUGGAGUUGACGGUGCUAAGGGAGAAGUUGGUCCACCUGGAGAAUCUGGUCAAACAAGUGAUGUCAAAGGAGAUCAAGGAGAACCCGGACCUCAAGGAGAAGAAGGCCCAAUUGGAAUAAUCGGAGAAAAGGGAGAACAGGGUCCUCAGGGAGAAUCUGGUCCUGAUGUCACCGGUCCCACGGGUGAAGCUGGCGUGGAAGGAGAAAAAGGACCUGACGGAGAAGAUGGAGCCCCAGGAGGUAAGGGAGGUGUCGGACCAAAGGGUGGACAAGGUGCCCCUGGAGAGGCCGGAGCUGCUGGAGAGCCCGGAGAUGACGGAGUUGCUGGAGACAAAGGACCCAAUGGUCUGGAUGGCGCUGAUGGACCUGCUGGACCCGCUGGAGAUGCCGGAGCUAAAGGUGUAAUUGGAGUUCCCGGUGAACAAGGACCUGAAGGAAUACCCGGUGAUGACGGUCUAGAUGGCCUUGACGGAGCUGACGGUGAACAAGGAGAAACCGGACCUGAAGGUCCCCUGGGACCUAAAGGAGAAGUAGGACCUAGUGGAGAACCUGGUGCCCCUGGCGCAAAUGGAGAAGAGGGAGAUCAAGGAGAACCUGGAGCUCAAGGUCAACAAGGAGACGUAGGAGACAAAGGAGAACCAGGACUUGAUGCUGAUGACGGUCAAGAGGGAGAAGAAGGACCAGAUGGUAUUAAGGGACUGGCUGGAGAUUCUGGAGUAUUGGGAGAGAAAGGAGAUCCUGGUGAAGCUCCCGAUCCACUCCACGCUCCAGCGGGUGACCAAGGUGAGUCUGGUGAACAAGGAGAACCAGGUGAUGCUGGAGCCGAUGGCAACCCAGGAAGUGACGGUAAUGUUGGUGCUAUUGGAGAGCCCGGUGCAAAUGGUGCUAAGGGUCUACCCGGCGUUCCCGGAUCUGAUGGAGCCAAGGGAGAUCAAGGUGACCAAGGAGAUGAAGGUGUUGUAGGCGAAAAAGGUGAUGUAGGCGCUGAUGGAGAAAAAGGUGCCCAAGGACCAAAAGGACCCGAUGGAGAUCAAGGAGACGAGGGAGCUCAAGGAGACGAGGGAGAUCAAGGAGACGAGGGAGAACAAGGACCACAGGGAGAAAUAGGAGACCAAGGACCAGAUGGAGAACCAGGAACUAAUGGAAGUGAUGGCCUCCCUGGUGAAGAUGGAGUACUUUUCAUCGCUAAAGGAGCCCAUCAAAAGGGUCCAGAUGGAGAUUCAGGUCUCCCCGGAUUACCCGGUUCCAAGGGAGAACCAGGAGAACAGGGAGAUGGUGGUGAACCUGGUGAUCAAGGUGACCAAGGACAACCUGGAUUCCCUGGAACUUCUGGAGAUAAGGGAGAAUCUGGUGCCAAGGGAGAAGCUGGUAAUGAUGGAGCGCCCGGAGAAGCAGGAAAUAAGGGAGUUCCCGGUGCCACCCACAAGGGAGAACCAGGACAAGAUACCAUAGGAUCUGACGGUAUUGACGGUGAUAACGGUAUCGACGGAGCUAAAGGUGCCGAUGGUGUUCCCGGAGAGGAAGGACCCAAAGGUAUUGCAGGAAACCCUGGAGAGCCUGGUGAAGUUGGUGAACCUGGCGAACCUGGUGAGGUUGGAGGUGAAGGAGUAGUGGGACCUGAGGGACCAAAGGGAGACGUUGGAGAUAUUGGAAUCGUCGGUCUGCCAGGAGAUGAGGGAGCCAAGGGACCCGUGGGAGAAGCUAACUACGUCAAGGGAGAACACGGAGACAAGGGAACCAAGGGAAACAAAGGAAAAUACUGGGAGGAGAUGCCAAUUGAGCCUCAGGUUUCCGAUGGCAAGCCAGAAGAUCCUCUCGUUGUUGAAAUCGUAACCUUCUUUGAAGAGAACAAAGAGCUUCUAGGUCUUGAUACUGGCGAGAAGGGAGAUAUUGGUGAUUUCGGAGAAAAGGGACAGCCGAACUAUGAAGCUGGAGAGGACGGUUUGAAUGGUACGGAUGGUGCUGAUGGUGCUGAUGGUCAUCCAGGUCUUCCUGGAGCUUCUGGUAACAAGGGAGAAGCAGGAGCACCAGGUGCGCCAGGUGAUGAAGGAAUCACUGGUGACCAAGGACCCGAUGGAAACCCAGGAAAUCCUGGAGAGAAAGGCAACUCAGGAGUCAAUGGUAUCCAUGGUGAUCAAGGACCCAAGGGAGGCGAAGGAAAGGAAGGCAAGUUCGGAGAUGAUGGUGAUGCCGGAGCUUGUGGUUGCACAGUCCGAACUACUGGAAAGUGUAACUGUGAUACUCACAUCUUUGUUGUUCAUAGUCAGACUGAUGCGAUCCCAGAGUGCCCUUCAAACCACCUUGCUGUUUGGUCCGGAUACAGUCUCCUGUCCCUCACAGCUGGCUUUGUCGUGACCGAGCAGGAUCUCGGAGAUACCGGAUCUUGUGUCGAGCGAUUCGACAUCAUGGCUAUGAUGGCGUGUCAAGGUAACGAUGUGUGCAGACAAGCUGUCAGAACAGAGCGAUCUUACUGGCUGGUUAACUCGGAUCUGGAGGAUCCACCUCUCAAACCAAUGGCUGAUAUCGAUUCUAUCACUCCUUAUAUCUCCAGAUGUGUUGCCUGUAUGGGAACUCAAGCUCCUAUCGUGAAGCACUCCACAGAUGUUGCUGCACCAGUUUGUGAUCCAGGAUGGAGCGAGCUCUGGACUGGAUUCAGUUACAUCAUGGGCAAGUCCGGUAAAAUGGGCAUGGGACAACAACUGAAGUCUGUAGGAUCCUGCCACGAGACCAUGAGUAACCCUAUGUUCAUUGAGUGCAAUGGACGAGGAACCUGCUCCUUCUUCACUAAUAAUAUCGACUUCUGGCUCGCAAGAAAUCCGGACCUCCUACAACCCGGUAUGUGGGGUAUGGGAAGCGUAUACAACGGAGUUGAUGACAUUAAGGAUAGAGGAGUUGCACGUUGUGUGGUAUGCCUCAAGACCCCCUACGCUGAAGGCCAAGUCUUCCAACUUGGUGGCGGAAGGUAUUACAUGAACGCUGCACCUGAGUAAAUCUAAACAGACUUUAGGAACCAAAUCUGAGACAAGUAAAAUUCUUCUUUGAUAUUUUAUUGUUGUUCAAAAUUGCUUUAUUUAUUGACAAUGACCACGAGUAACUAGUGAAAGAGGGUUUAUACCGCAGGGUUUUUUAAUUAAGAUGAUCGCUUUGAUAGCUGCUUUUGUACAGUAGAGAAGAGGUGUUUAAAGUAAAUUUAUACGCUAGUUUACAGUUGAUGAUUAAAUUUCUUUUUAUGAUUUUAUCGCUAAAUUAUUUUCUACAAUUAUUAUUUUUCUUUUAGCUUUCCUGUAAAAUAUUGUUAUCUUGACUACGGUAGUAAUUGCUUGCAUUCGGGAUUUGCCUGCACUUUUCAGAAAUCCCAUUUUUUACUGGUUGCAAACUAUUUUGUAUGGUUAUAUCAUAAUUAAUUAUAAGAUCCUGUGAUUAAUUAUGAUAUAGUUAUAUUUAUAUGCUCGAUUUGAGAGAUGUUUAUAAUAAUAUAUUCUUCAUACUCUACGCGCAUUUCAUAUAACUCAAUGAGUAA